CACAGUUGAAAAUGCGUCAAUACGUAUAUUGUUGAACAGUUUCCCUCCGCCUUGACAAAGCUAGCCGGCCAGCUAGACUGAUGCCAAGCUAGUGAUACGAUUUUAUUGCGAGGCUUUGUAUAGCCUCUAACUUCUGUCUAAUAUUUUAUACAUUACAUAAAGAAACUGGUAGAGAGACCUAUAUCGUCGUCGAAGUGAACCUAUGCUGUCCUGCUAGCAGGGCAAGAUGUUCAACAAGUCAUUUGGCACUCCCUUUGGUGGAGGCUCUGGGGGGUUUGGCACCUCAUCAACCUUCGGGCAGCAAAACACGGGUUUUGGGACCACAGGGGGGUUCGGCACAUCCGCGUUCGGGGCGACCACCAACACCGGAGGGCUCUUUGGCACCACACAGACUAAACCCGGUGGACUGUUUGGAUCCAGCACCUUCAGCCAGUCAGCAACGUCUUCUACAAGCACCAGCUUUGGCUUUGGCGCCCCCAGUGCCACAUCAACCAGCCUCUUUGGCAACACAGCGACAGGAAGCGCAGGCGGACUCUUCUCCCAGCAGAACAAUGCAUUUAGCGCCAACAAACCCACCUCCUUUGGAAGCUUUGGGACCAGUACCAGCAGUGGGGGACUCUUUGGGUCGACCAACACCACGUCCAACCCCUUUGGAGGGACAACCUCCUUGUUUGGGAGUUCAGGAUUCUCAGCCACACAGCAGCCUGGAACAACAGUCAAGUUUAACGCUCCAACAGGAAAUGACACAAUGGUAAAAGCUGGUGUGACCACAAACAUCAACACCAAGCAUCAGUGCAUCACCGCCAUGAAGGAGUACGAGAACAAAUCCCUGGAGGAGUUGAGACUGGAAGACUACCAGGCUGGAAGGAAGGGUCCCACCAACCAAAUGCCUGCUGGGACCAGCGGGCUGUUUGGUGCUGCCGCGGCCACAUCUAGCGCCCCCACUGGUCUGUUUGGGUCGUCUGCUCCCAACAGUAGCUUUUCAUUUGGACAGAACAAGAGUACCUUCGGUCAAGCCUCAACAGGAGGCUUCAAUAGCACAACAGGUGGUCUGUUUGGCCAACAGAACCAGCAACAAGCUGGCAGCCUUUUCAAACCCUUUGGCCAGACCACCACCACACAGAGCAGCGGCUUCUCCUUUGGCAACACCAACACCAUGGGCCAAGCCAGUACUAGCACCAUGGGUCUGUUUGGCAACACAGCGGCGUCUCAGACUGGUAGUCUGUUUGGAACUGCUCAGACCAGCACCGCCACCGGGUUUGGGACAGCUAGUGGUCUCUUUGGCCAAACCAGUGGCGGAUUUGGAAAUGUGGGCCCUCAGCAGAGCAUAUUUGGGAAUAAGACGAGUGGCUUUGGCACCACCACCACCAGUGCAGCUUCCUUUGGCACUGGCACCGGAAUCUUUGGCAACAAGCCUGCACUAACGCUGGGAACUGGAACAAACCCCUCAACUUUUGGCUUUGGCGCAAACCCUGCUGGAGGAAAUCUGUUUGGCAACAAACCGGCCACAGGAACACUGGGAACUGGACUGGGAACAACCUUUGGAGCAGCAGUGGGCGCUGGACAGACAUCCCUGUUUGGGAAUAACCAGAACAAAUUGGGCUCCACGCUCGGAACGAUGGGAACGUUUGGGACAGCGGGAUUCAACAGCGGCACCAGCACGCUGGGCUUCGGAGCGCCUCAACAACCUCUUGCUCUUACGGAUCCAAACGCAGCAGCUGCCCAGCAGGCCUUGCUGCAGCAGCAGUUCAGCGUUCUGGCAUAUUCGCCAUAUGGAGACUCACCGCUGUUCAGAAAUCCUCUGUCAGACUCCAAGAAGAAGGAGGAGCGUAUGAAACCAACAAAUCCAACUGCCCAGAAAGCUCUAACCACACUCGCUCAUUACAAGCUGACCCCGCGACCAGCAACAAGGGUUCGCCCCAAAGCGCUGACCUCAUCAGGUGCCUCCAAGUCGCAACUUUUUGAUGGCCUAGAUGAUGAUGAGCCCUCGCUCACCAAUGGAGCCUUCAUUCCAAGGAAAAGCAUCAAGAAACUUGUGCUGAAGAAUUUAAACAGCAGUCAAUACAGUAGUCCGGGGAAUAAGGAUGCAGACGAUCUCGCCUCGCCAUCAGAUUACCCUCAGAACGGACACAGCAACACAGAGGAGGACAAUGAACCAAAGGAGGUGCCAGGUCACAGCAUCCGUGCGGAUGAUGACCACGAGGUUACCCAGUUUUACGUCAACCCUAUUGCCAAGCCCAUACCACAAGGCCGUGCCCAAACUAGCAUGCAGGACACCAUCUGUGACAUGAACAUACACAAAGCUGCCAGGAACGGCCUAGAGUUGAGCAGCGAGGAUGUAUCUGUGUCUCUGGGGGAGGAGUCUCUGCAGGAAGAGCGGGAUGACUUACUGCAGGAGUCCAACCAAUCUCCUCACCCAGCAGGUAUUGUUCUCAAUCGUGUGGGUUAUUACACCAUCCCCUCUAUGGAUGAACUGGCGGAGAUGGUGGACGACAGUGGCGAGUGUGUGGUGGAAAACUUCACUAUUGGCCGGAAAGGCUACGGUUCCAUUUUCUUUCCUGGUGCUGUGACCAUAACAGGACUCAACCUUGAUGAGAUUGUUCACUUCAGGCGCAAAGAGGUCAUUGUGUAUCCAGAUGAUAAAAACAAGCCCCCUGAGGGGGAGGGGCUUAAUAGGCGGGCUGAGGUGACUCUGGAUGGUGUUUGGCCAAACGACAAGACCAGCUGCACGCAAAUCCGAAGCCCUGAGCGUCUGACAGACAUGAACUACGAAGGACGGCUGGAGAAGGCAUCCCGCAAACAGGGAGCCCGUUUCUUGGAGUACAGACCUGAGAGUGGAUCCUGGGUGUUUGAGGUCGCCCAUUUCUCAAAAUAUGGCCUCCAGGACUCUGAUGAAGAAGAGGAUGUUCCACUUAAGACUGAACACAAAAAGUUGAAGAUGAUGUCACUUCCGCCAGCCAGACUGCAGCAGCCUCCUCCCCCCUCUUCCCAGCAUCAGACAGCACCACAGGCUCAGACCACAAUCAUGGAUGUCUCAGAGUUGGACAGCGACAUGGCUGACAUCACCCAGGGGUUUCCUACAGAGAGCAUUCUGGGAAACGAGGAUGACUGUGACAUGCCAGUGGGCCAGGUGGAGGCGACGACUGGGAAACCAGAAGUUUUGACCUUUGCUGAGCAAGAUGGAAUCCCUGCAUCCAGCCACAUAGCAUCUUCACUGGGCAUUAACCCGCACACCCUGCAGAUUAUGAAGGCGUCCUUAUUUGCAGAGGAUGAGGACGAGAGCGACCUCUUCCAUGAUCAGAUGAAGAUGUCCUCUGAAUUUUCCUCCCCUGGCCUUGUCCUGCCGAGAGCUCAGAGUCGACCGUCUGUCGGCGGUCUUCUUCAGUCUCGUUUCACCUCUGGCCUCUCCCAGCUCCCUGACUCUCCUCGACGCCCUGCUCUGUCUUGGUCAUCUUUUGCCCCGGUUGAACCUCCCCGCUCAUCACACUGGGCUCGACCUACUCCUUCAUCCUUCUUUCUGCCCUCCAAACCCGCUGAGCCCCCAGUUAGGACCGUUGGGGUCCGGCGGUUAGGAGGCCCUGUUCCCAUAGAAGUGUCCAUUACACAUGGCAAGGGAAGUUUGCUGAUGGAUGCUGGGUUGUUUGCGGGUCGGUCCUUUCGAGUUGGCUGGGGACCUGGCUGGAUGCUGGCACACUGUGGUAAUCGGUUGAGCUCUCCAAAUGGCAAGCAUCUGCACCACCAAGAUCUGAUGGCCAAGGCAGACUUUAGUUUCCUGCCUACGCCUGCAAGAAAUAAACCGCUGACGGAAAGUCCCUACAAGGUGCAUUUGGAGCAGCUGGUGGCUGUGGAGGCUCCAGGAGAGGACAUCCAGGAGGAGAGCCAUGAAGUGUUGCAGCGCCCCCUGGAGAUUUGUCUUAAGCACAGCACCGUCAGCAUAGAGUCCUCCACCUGCCCUCUUGUGCGCCCUCAAACUGGUGUGGCGGCGUUGCAGGAUUAUGCCGAGUGGAUCACUGUGCUGAGCGACAAGCAAGCUGACUCAGACCCUUUGCUGGGCUACUGGUCUGAGGUCUGGACCCUGUGUGAGGCCCUCUGGGGUGAGCAGCCACACUCUGAGUCAUUGAGUGAGUAUCAGCAGCAGCUGGAGAGAAGGCGAACCUUCUCAGCUUGGCUGAGCCGCGGCACCGCUCAUAGGGUGGAGGAUGAAGUGGUGCUGGCAGGGAAAGGUUGCCACACAGAGGCUGUCUUUAGCUACCUGACAGGAAACCGCAUCAGCGAGGCGUGUCGUCUUGCACAGAAGGAAGGAGACCACCGUUUGGCCCUGCUGCUGGCUCAGGCCAUGGGCUCCCAGUACAGCCGUGACCUGCUGAGCCUGCAGCUCGCUGACUGGAACCGCAUGCAGACUGACGGUUACCUGACAGAAGAGCGACUGCGUAUCUUCACACUGCUUUCUGGAAAGCCAGUGUGGCAGACCUCAGACUCUGUGGUGAAUGUGUGCUCUCAGCUGGAUUGGAAGCGCUGUGUGGCCAUCCACCUCUGGUUCAUGUUGCCUCCCACUGCAUCCGUGGCCAAUGCCCUUGCCAAGUAUGAAGCCGCCUUCCAGGGAUCAUGUGAGGGUGGGAAAUAUGCAUGUGCCCCCCUGCCUCCAUACCUGGAGGGUGAGCAACUCGACAUGGAAGAAGAGCAGGAGCAGGUGGAGCCAAAGCAGCCGCUAUAUGAUGUCUGCUUCCAUCUGCUCAAACUCUACAGUGACAGACACUAUGACCUGCAGCAGCUCUUGGACCCUUUGAGCAUUACCUGGGACCGUUUGGACUUCCGACUGAGCUGGCACUUAUGGAGCGUCCUGCAGGCACUGCACUACAGCCACCUGAGCGAAGCGCGCCAGGGUUUGUUGCACGCCAGCUACGCCGCCCAGCUGGAGAGCGCCGGCCUGUGGCACCUGUCCAUCUUCAUCCUUCUUCACAUCCCCGACCACACGCAGCGAGAGCGUGCGGUGAGGGCCGUGUUGACCCAACACUGCCCCCUGCAGGAAACGGAAGAAUCACUCAGGAGGGAACGCUUCCUGACUGACAGGCUGCUAAUCCCAGAGCAGUGGAUUCAUGAGGUUAAGAGUACUCGUGCCCGCUACGAAGGCGACAAACAUUUGGAGGCGCUGCACCUGUAUCGAGCUGGCCACUGGAGCCAUUGUCACCGGCUGCUGAUGCAACACCUGGCCUCAGACUGCAUCAUCAAUGACAACCAUGACUACCUGCUGGAGUUCUUGGAGGGGCUGGCAGUCCCUGAGAACAGCGCCACCAUUCAGGACUGGGAAAGCAUAGGGAGGGUUUACCUGGACUACAUUCGGGUCGCCAAAACGCUGCGGGACAUUCAGCAGAUGGAGAAUGCCGGUUACGAGCUGGAGCAUCUGCACACCAAAGUGACAUCUUUGUGCAGCAGAAUUGAGCUUCUGCCCUGCGGUGGCACCAAAGACCGCCUAGCCCAGUCAGAGAUGGCCAAGUGUGUGGCCAACAUCAUGUGUGUGGUGCUCACCUUGCAGCAGAGCGACACACCCUCACGUUCUCUCAGCCUCCCGCUGACCCGGCUGGCACCACACGUCACUCGCUUGCCCAUGCCAGAUGACUAUGCGUUGGGGGACCUGCGCGGCCUCACACAGUCAUACCUGUGCCAGUUUGUCAGCCAAUGAGCAUGUCUUUACCCGUUUGUACAUUGGGGCCUUCUGUUGCUUUGUUCCUCCCGUAUGUGUGAAGGCAAAGCAGUGACCUCAAGACAUCAGCUGCCCUUGAUUCUACCUAACAAUUGAUGGCUACCUGUGCUCAUGCACUGCUGCCCUCAGAAGAGGCCAACGACUGACUCGAUGGUGUGAAGUGUGUCACUACAUUGACAGCAUGUCACAUGUCUGUUGGCUUAUCACUGCAGUAGCAUGUGUAAGGAAAGAUGUUUUAUGGGACAAAAAGUGGAACCAUCCAGUGGUAUUUUUUGCAGAUUAUUUUGUUUUUGCUUUUGCAUUGGAGUGUGUGUAGCCACAUAUAAACAGUCUUUUGAAAAUGUCGCUUGUCAGAGUUUAACUGAGGUUGAAGGAUGGGAAAUCCUUGAUGGAUGAGGAAAUGUCAACAAAUAGUUUUGCAAAGAAGCAAGAAAGAGUAAUUGUUUUAAAGUCACUGCUUCUUUUUUCUUGAGUAAAAUCACUUUUGUACAGAGACCCUAAGGUGAUAUUUUUGUUAUCUUGACUACGUCAUGCUUGGCGUGGUGCAUGUUUGUUAACAUUUUUAAUAAAGUCUAGUAGAAAUG